GAAAAGCGUCGCAGUUUGUGGUGUAACGGGACAAGAGAGAGUUCUGAGUGGAUUUAAAGAACUUUGACCUGUCAGCCGUGUGUCACAAAUACCAGACCGGCAAUAUUUGCUGUCUUUUUUUUCUUCCCGACAUUAUUUGAAAAUGUCUAAAGCUACAUUUUGGUGGAGGGAUGGAAAGGCGACGUGACCGCACAGCUGUGCGUUGAUGAGGCUCCGUGAAGCCCACCGGUGUUUAUCUCUGCUGGCGUCGGCACUCCGGAGUAAAAAGUCAUUAAAUUAUUUUCCUUCAGUGACAAUAAGGUGGAAACAUGGCAGAACACGAGAGUCUGGAGUUUGGAAAGGCUGAUUUUGUGCUUUUGGACAACGUCUCCUUGCAGGAAUUCAUGGCUAACCUAAAACUCAGGUUUGAGAAGGGGAGAAUCUACACCUAUAUUGGAGAGGUGGUUGUGUCAGUUAACCCUUACCGUGCCAUGAAUAUCUACGGCCGUGAUACCAUAGAGCAGUACAAAGGCCGGGAGCUAUACGAGAGGCCACCCCACCUCUUUGCCAUUGCUGACGCUGCCUAUAAAGCCAUGAAGAGGAGGAGCAAAGACACUUGUAUUGUAAUCUCAGGGGAAAGUGGAGCAGGAAAGACUGAAGCCAGCAAGUAUAUUAUGCAAUAUAUCGCUGCUAUCACCAAUCCUAAUCAAAGGGCUGAAGUUGAAAGGGUAAAAAAUAUGUUGCUUAAAUCCAACUGCGUCUUGGAGGCCUUUGGAAACGCCAAGACAAACCGCAAUGACAACUCCAGCCGCUUCGGCAAGUACAUGGACAUCAACUUUGACUUCAAGGGAGAUCCCAUCGGGGGGCACAUCAACAACUACCUGCUCGAGAAGUCCAGGGUGAUUUUCCAACAGGAUGGAGAACAGAGUUUUCAUUCAUUCUACCAGCUGCUCAGAGGAGCUCCUGAAUCUCUCCUGCGGUCACUUCACAUCCAGAAGGAUCCAGCAGCCUACAACUACAUCAGAGGUGGAGGACACAUUAAGUCUUCCAUUAAUGACAGUGCUGACUUCAAAGCAGUGGGCGAUGCCAUGAAAGUGAUCGGUUUCACAGGGGACGAGAUUCAGACUGUUUACAGAAUCUUGGCCACCAUCCUGCAUCUGGGAAACCUGACAUUUGGGGUGGACGGCGAUGUGACCUUGAUAGAGAACUCAAAGCUGGUGUCUGUGGUGAAGGAGCUGCUCUCCACCAAGGUGGAAAAUGUGGAGAAAGCCCUCCUAAACCGCACUGUGGCUACAGGUCGAGAUGUCAUUGACAAACAGCACACAGUGCAAGAGGCCAGCUACGGACGGGACGCUCUAGCCAAGGCCAUGUAUGAUCGCUUGUUCUGCUGGAUUGUGGGUCGUAUCAACGAUAUCAUUGAGGUGAAAAACUACGAUGCCAAAGUCCAUGGGAAGAACACAGUCAUCGGGGUGCUGGACAUCUAUGGUUUUGAGAUUUUUCAGAACAACAGCUUUGAGCAGUUCUGCAUCAACUACUGUAACGAGAAGCUGCAGCAGCUGUUCAUCCAGUUGGUGCUGAAACAGGAACAGGAAGAGUAUCAAAGAGAAGGCAUCCCCUGGAAACAUAUUGAUUACUUCAACAACCAGAUCAUUGUUGAUUUGGUGGAACAGCAGCAUAAGGGAAUCUUCUCUGUAUUGGAUGAGGCCUGUAUGAAUGUAGGAAAGGUCACUGAUGAGGUUUUCCUGCAAGGACUCAACGUCAAGCUGGCCAAGCAUGCCCACUAUACGAGCCGCAAGCUUUCACCCACUGAUAAGAGUUUAGAGUUUGACCGGGACUUCCGCAUCAGGCACUAUGCAGGAGAUGUGGUGUACUCAGUGGUUGGUUUUAUCGAUAAGAACAAAGACACACUGUUCCAAGAUUUCAAGAGACUUUUAUACAACAGUUCUAAUCCAGUACUGAAGGGGAUGUGGCCUGAGGGAAAACUGAGCAUCACUGAGGUCACCAAACGACCCCUAACAGCUGCAACAUUAUUCAAAAACUCCAUGAUCUCGCUGGUGGAAAACCUGGCCAGCAAGGAGCCAUAUUAUGUUCGCUGCGUCAAGCCAAAUGAUGUCAAGUCGCCUCUACUCUUUGAGCAGGAGCGCUGCCGCCAUCAGGUGGAGUACCUUGGGCUCCUGGAAAACGUCAGAGUGCGCCGUGCUGGCUUUGCCUACCGCCAAACAUAUCCCCGCUUUCUACAGAGAUACAAGAUGAUCUCAGAGUUUACAUGGCCAAACCAUGACCUGCCAUCAGACAAGGAAGCGGUGAAAAGGCUCCUGCAAGGUUGUGGCUUUGACAAUGACGUGGCCUACGGCAAAACCAAGGUCUUCAUUCGGACACCGCGCACACUCUUCAGUCUGGAGGAGCAGCGGGCUGAGAUGGUGAAGAGGAUUGUCCUCUUCCUUCAAAAGGUGUGGCGGGGCACCAUAGACAGAAUGCGAUACCGGCGGAUGCGGGCAGCCCUAGUCAUUCUGCGGGCCUACCGGCACUACAAGGUUCGGUCUUACAUCCGUGAGGUCAACCGGAGGUUCAAAAAUGUGCGCUCAAUGAAGGACUAUGGCAGGCAUGUAAAGUGGCCGACACCCCCAAAAGUUCUGCGCAAGUUUGAAGAGGCACUGAGAAACAUCCAUAACAGGUGGUGGGCAUGGACACUGAUCAAAGGCCUCUCUCCAGAAGAAACCCUGCAGGUGAGGGCCAAGGUAGCCACCCUGGAGGCCCUGAAGGGCCACAGGCCUGACUUGGGCCUGCAGAGAGCCUGGGAGGGGAACUACCUGAAGCGAGACAGCCCCGAUAAAGCCGCCACAUUCACACUGGUGUCCAGCGAGUUGCAGCGGAAGGACAAAUUCAUGAGAAUUCUGUUCUCCUCUAAUGUACGCAAGAUCAACCAUUUCCACAAGGCGGAGGACCGAGUCGUGCUCGUCACUGAUCGCCACCUGUACAAGAUGGACCCCCUCAAGCAGUACAAACCGAUGAAAAGCAUACCUCUGUACAAUGUGACAGGAGUGAGUGUCUCCCCAGGAAAGGACCAGCUGGUUGUUUUCCACACCAAAGACGGCAGAGACCUCGUGGUCUGUCUGCAGGGCAUGGUGCCUGCCAAUGAGAGCCGCAUCGGGGAGUUGGUCGGUACCCUCCUAAGCCAUUUCAAGAGUGAGAAGAGGAAGCUGCAGGUGAACAUCUCAAGUCCCAUCCAGUGCAGCCUGAACGGGAGGAAGUGCACGGUCAUCGUCGAAUCCAGGAUCAACCAAUCACAUCCCGACUUCUCCAAGAGCCGCUCUGGUUACAUCCUCGCUGUUCCUGGAAAUUAAAAAUAGGCCAGUGAGAGCAGCGACAGCAGGUUCCAAACCACGAUGAUGGCAGUGAUUCUUAAUUAAUUCGCUUACUUUGUGUCCAGAGCUGCUGCUAAUGUGAUAAUGGAGAGAGCAGCUCUGUAAGAUGAUCGGGUGAUUAAAUGUUUGUAAUUGCAAAGCCAAAUUUGUCAAGUUCUGUAGAUCUGUGUAUGAACACAAAUGAUGCAUUAUGCUUAUAUAAGAAAUAAGGAGACAUGCUAAACAAGUUUAAAGCUACAAUGUGUAGGAUGUAGUGCCAUCUAGUGGUUGUAGAUUGCAUUAUGCAGUCACUGGUCACAAUCUACCCCCUCCAUGCUUUUGCAUUUUUUGGCGAAUAGGAUUCAUGCUCCCUUGCCUUCUCUUGUGAUAAGUAAUAUUUAUGAUCCUCCAUUUCACAGAAAUGUGUUAGCAUGCAUGAGCAACCAGUAUACAGUGUUUAGGUGACCAACCACUGAUUCCUCUUUAUUUUCCCCCUUUUGGUCUUUUAACUGUCCUGCAAAAUAGGAAAGAGGAGGAGUAUGUCCUGUUUGGGCUCCUGUGUCAAUAUGGCGGUGUCCAUGAGAGAGCCCACUUCCAUGUAGAGAUGAAGAGGCUCAUUCCAAGUUUAUGAAAAUACAUCAGUUCCUUGUUCCAGAUAACUAUACACUGACUGGAUGUUUACAAAUGCUAUAUUCUACUUCUGCUAAUAAUCACUGAUAAAUCCUACACACUGUAGCUUUAAAUAUACAGUAUACACUAAAGGGUAAUCCAGCAAAAGUUGUUUUUUUGGUUUUGGUUUUGUUUUAUUUCCCAAAUUGUUUGUGCAAUAUAUAGAUUAUAAUGGAUGGUGUAUUUUGUGGAGACAGGCAACCAUGGUAAUCAAAGUGAGACAAAACUAUGCAGCAACUGAUGUUGCAUAAUAUAAAUAAAAAAAAAUCAACCAGCUUUAGCAGGAAUUUGUUUCCUGUAGCAGAGCAGAGUCCAUGUCAAACGUGAAACUAAAACUGUCACUGUAAUGUUUGAAUUAGAUAUGUCAUGUUAUGUCGUCUUUAUUUUCUGUUGAGUUGGGUGACACGCCUCAUAGCUAAGUAAUAAUACUAAUCUAGGUUGUUUGCAGACAUCAUACACAGCAGCUCAAAGAAACUUUGAGCUCUGGUUUAUGAGCUGACUCUCAUAUAUGGGACCAGCAAGUGAGGAAAA